AGUCCAAUCUUGCCAGUGAUUAUCCUCAAGGCUUUCCAGGCUAUCCUUAGCCUCCUCGUGCAUGCGAUUAGCAGUUGCACGCGCUGCUGGACGGACGCAAACUGCAAGCUGGACUCGCAGAAGACGUUUGGACGUUCUUUAUGGAAGUUUGGGCCUCAUGUCCCGCCACUUGCUUUCGGAUUAUGAAUGUAGCUCAAGCUCGCACGAUUGAAGGGCGAGGCCCGGCAGGCAGAAGACGCGCGGGCCCCGCGGCGGUCCCGUUCCGCUGAGCUCCGAGGAAGGCCGCCCGUCAGCCAUGUCCGGCCACCAAGGCAGCUUCCGGUGCUUCGGCGCCGUCCCGGCUUCCCGCAGGCACGCCGCCUGCAGCCUCCCCCGCAUUCCGCACCCCGACGCGGCCGAGUCGGCGGAUUGCUACCUGUGCUCCGAGCGGAGACGCGCCCGGGCCACGGCGGCGUCGCCGCCGUGCCCCUACGACGACCACCUCCGCCGUCACCGGCCUCACCGGCAGCGUCGGCGGCCCGGCGGAGCCGACGAGCCCCCGCCUCGCGCCAAGCGGCUGGUCCUGGUCAAGAACAGCGAGCCGUCCUUCAGGAAGACCGUGGUGCUCCACCGCAAGGGCCUGAGGAGCUUCGCUCUGUUCCUGGAGGAGGUCUCGGAGCUCAUGCAGUACCGCGUCAGGAGGCUGUACACCCUGGACGGGCACGAGGUGGAAAAUGUUCAAAGCAUCAUCCACUGUCCCAAUGUUCUGGUCUGCGUUGGACGGGAGCCUUCCCAUCCUUCCAUUGUGGAGAGAUUUUGUAAAACUGCCGAGGACAAGCUGCCAAAACUGAGUGCGAAGGCGCGAUCCACCGGCGAUGACGCCAACCAAUCCACGAGGCCUUCAGUGUCUUCUGAUAAGUCUCUAGAUGACGUUGGGUCUGCUCCGUCCACCGCCGGAGGAACGCCGGAUGACGAUGUCGAGAAACUAGUCCGCGUCAACAAAGACGGCAGCUUGUCCAUGAAGAUGAAAGUGCGCUUUCGUCUAGACAACAAUGAAACCUUACUUUGGUCCACUGAAGUGAGGAAGUCCUCCACCAGGGCCAGCGAGCACCCUCAGGAGUUAGGUAGCGGCAGAAGCUGCUCAGGUUCUGAGAACUUUUCGACCGGCGAGCAAGUGGAGACGUAUGUCACGAGGCGCCACCAGAGGCGUGCAGAGGGCUAUCGCUACCCUCACUGCUACAAUAUCUGGGCGAACGUGGCAAGCACGCAGGGAGAUAGUUGCGGCGUUCAGACGUCGAGCUCGAGUGCGUCCUCGCACACGGUGGUCUCCAGGAAGACCGUGGUUCAAAGAUCGAGCGAGGAAAACGCAGAACAAGUGGUGGAGCAAGAAACAUGUGUUAAGGCCUCGGAAACCGUGGAGUACAGCACCAUCCGUCCUGGGUCUUGCACUUUGGGCAACUAUGAGCAAAAAGAACCUGAAUCUGCUGUUGAUGGUGACAAUGCCUCACUGAGUGCAACAAGACCACCCUUGCAGACUAGAAAACCUCAGCAUGAAGAGGCCACAGAAAGUGCCGGACCAAGGAAAUCGUCGUCAGCAUCCAGUGACACAAAGCGUUGCAGGAAGAUGAAAACAUCCAAAAAGUCCUACACAUGUCACUGUGGAAUAUCUAAGGAUGACACAGAAAUGAACCAAGAGGAGACAGACAAAAUUGAAAGACAGCAGAGUGCCAUGUCGGUAAAAUCAAAUGUCACUCCCAAUGCACAACGUGAAGGGGAAGAGGAGGAAGGAUCCAAAAGUGCCAUGUCAGCUCGUUCAAAUGCCUCAGCAAAGUGUGAACCGGAUGUCUUAGUGGGUGACGAAAGGCCACCGAGUCACAUGUCAGUCAAGUCUGAGGUGCAAAGUGAACAGUGUCAAUCAAAAAAGGAAGCUGCUGAAGAAAGACCACAGACAUCCCUGUCGUCUAAAUCCAAAACCUCAGUCUCAUCGCAGGGAUCAGCUCAUGUGGGCGAGGAAAAAGGAUUGGAAGAACUUGCCAAAGAAAAAGAUGUAGCAGACCAAAGCGAGAGCAGACGUGGACAGAGAACACAAAGCCAAACAUCGGUGCCGAAAACACCCAAACAAAGUGUGUCUGACCAAUCGGAGGUAGACUCACAAGGUGAAUCCAAGAUGACUGGAGAUGCACAAGAAAGAGCAUCCAGUGUCCGGUCCUCCAUAUCAAACGUUACUGGAGGGACUCAAGAAAGAUCCGCAAGUGCCGUGUCUGCACCAUCUCCAGAGUCAACAACCUCUGAGGUUGAUGACACAGAUGCGAUGUCUCAUGUUGAUGGCUGCACUAGAGAUAUACCAGUGGAGAGAGUUUCGAGUAGCAGGUCGCUUGUAUCCACUACAUCAGACGUGAGGUCCAGACAAUCGAAAACCCCAGAAAGUGCUGCUGGUGGAGAUACCACAGAGGCAGCUGAAGAUAGACCGCAAAGCGCAAGCCCAUCAGUAAACUUGACAAGUUCUUGCCAAUCAAAAUCAUCUGAAGAUGAUGAUGAUGAUGGAGUAGUCGAUGAUGAGUGGAAAAUAGGAGCAGCGAGCAACAUGUCCUGUCAUUUGGAAGGCAAGGAAAACUUCCCAUAUGACGAAAUGGAGGAAACACCCAGUUCUGAUCAAGUCGAGGGAAACCCUGGCAACCGCAGUCAAUCUAAAGCAAGGUCGCAAAGUGGCAUGUCAGGAAAAGCAGUAAAGUCCGAAUCUUCGACAAUUUCUUUCACGUCUAAAGCUUCUGAGCAACAAAAUGGCAGCAUUGAGGAACUAACAGAAAGGGCAGAAAGUGUAACAUCUGCUAAAUCUAAGGCAUCCAAAAGAUCUGACAAAGUCGAAGCAUCUCAGGAUGAGGUUACUGGAGAAAAAGCAGACCAGAGAUCGAGAUCACCAAGCAUCAUGUCAACUAAAUCAGCUAAGUCGAGCAUUUGUUCAAGGUCAAACGAGGAUGAGAGUGAACUGAGUGUGAAAUCUGAGCGAUCGGCCACAUCGGCCAAAUCAAUGCGGUCCAUACAAUCUAGUGCAUCCAAACCCGGUGAUGUUCCAGCUGAAUCUAAAAAUCCGGCGACCGAAUCCAACAUUCCCGAGGCUCCUAUGAAUGCCGUUGACACGAACGAGCGAGCGAUGAGCGCCAUGUCGGUCCAAUCCCACAUUUCCACAAGGUCAAGUAAAUCCAAAUGUUCUGCUGAUGUUCCCGCAGAAGACAAGUCUCGCUGCUCAGAGGACGAAAAAACCGAGCAAACAGAAGAAAGGGCAUCAAGCUGCACGUCUGCAAAAUCAAUCGAGUCACACGUUUCAGCAGUGAGAUCGCCCAGCGCUUUGUCAGCAAAAUCUGCAGAAUCUAGAAAAUCUUCUAAAUCAAACACCUCAGAAAUGAGCACGGGCAAAAACAUUGCCGAUGAAGAUGCGGGAGAGGAACGUGAUGAGAGGGCACAGAGUGCAAUGUCAGCCAAAACUGCAAAGUCAACCCUUUCUCUGAGAUCAACAGCAUCAAAGGGAGCUGCCAACGCACGUGACCGUGAAGAGCGGGCACAGAGCAGCAGGUCAGUCCGAUCACAUAGAUCUGCAAAGUCAAACAUUUCCGCAACAGCGGUGUCCGUGAACGAUGUGGUUUCUGAUCACGGAGCUGAUUCUCCACUGGACGAACAGAGUGAGAGCAUAUCAAUAAGCUCGCUGUCUGUUCAAUCAAGUCAAUCAGAUCGAUCCAGUAGGUCAAAACGCACAGCUGAAGUGCGCAGGCCUCAGUCAAAUCCUUCAGACACAUCUGAAGUGUCUGAGGUUGUUCCUGAAGAUGUCUCAAGCAGAACAGGGAGUAAACUGUCUGCCAAAUCUGAUAAAUCCAACCAAUCCAAAGUCUCGACCGAAGAAAACGGCUCUUGUCACGAUCCCGUGGAAAGAGCUUCAAGCAACUUGUCGAUCAGGUCAGGUAAAUCUGCAAGUGUAUCUGUGGCAUCGAGAGACGGCUCUGAGCUUAUGAGUGAACACAGCAUAGAAAUUGCCGAAAUUGAGACUGAUGAACGAGUGACUUCGGUUGCGUCAGAUACAUUUGCAAGAUCAAACGAGUCAGCUGAAGAAAUCUCUGAACGUACAGAUGAUGACAAGGACCAGGAACAGCAACACCCUGCAGAAAGUCCAGUCCAGUCACAGGCUUCUGGUGUCGUUGAAGACGUGUCCGAAAAUUGUGUGACUUCAGAAAGAGCUGCUAGCUCAUUGUCUGCAAAGUCCGCUUUGCCCGCAAGCUCUAAAAAGUCAAAGACUUCGGCACUCUCUCCAUUAUAUAAAGCCAAUGAAAUGGAGUCAGAGAAUCAAGAUGAAUUUGCAGAGAGAUCAGCGAGCAAAGCAUCCGUCGAAACAACCAGGACAAACGUAUCUGAAUCACUGAGAAGUGCAGGAGCGUGUGAGGUUCCUUCAGAAGAAAAUGCUGCAAAUGAAGAGGAAACGACACCGAGGCCGCUGAGCGCCGUCUCAGCUAAAUCGUCCACAUCUGCCAAAUCAGCACAGUCAAUUUCUUCAGCAAAGUCAAAAUCCUCAAUUGCAGUGGGUGAAAACAAUGAUGACAGUAUUGACAGAGCACCCGGUAGCACCUUUGGCAAAUCAACCCAAUCCAGGAGGUCAAUUUCCUCAGCAGCUUCAACGAAAUCUAAAGCCGUUGGAGAUGUUUUUAGCACAGAUGACACCGAGGGAAGGGCAAAGUCUGUUGUCUCAUUGUUGUCUGGGGCAUCCAAAACAUCUCAACGUCCUCAAACUGAAUGUGGUGAAGAAGAAUGUGAAGAAGAAAGGGCAAUGACGAACAAGUCAGAUACAUCUCUAAAGUCAACGACAUCAAAUGUUUCAGACAGGAGGGGGGAUGAAGGAAUUCGGGGGACAUCAGGUGCGUUGUCAUAUCAAUCUUCCAGAAGCAGAACGUCUGGAAAAAUCUCCUGUGAACCCAGUGAAGGAACUGAUGAAAGAACCAAAAGUGCAAUGUCAAACGUGUCUGCAAAAUCCAAGAAGUCAGACGUUCCUGUCGUGGCAGUUGAGGAAUGUGAACAUAGAGCAUCCACAGCCAUGUCAUCAAAGUCCAAAUCGUCAGCAACAUCUGAGGUUCUGGAAAAAAAAAGCAAAGCGUCAGCCAAAUCGACAAAAUCUGUAAAAUCCAGGAAAAUUGGCAUUUUAGUGGAUGAAGAAGAUGACAGCCAAACAAAACCCAUUUCUCAGAUUUGUGAGACUCUAGCCAAAAGAGAUGUGAGCUCUGAGCAGGUACCAAAUGGUCCUCAAGAUGCUGUGGCUGUUGGCAGGAGUGACCACAAAAGUGACAAGGAGACGAUGCAUGCGGAUGACGAAGCUCUUGUUCCGUCAAGCCUGCCAAAUGCUUCCUUAUCUGAAGUAGUCAAUGAAUGGCUUAAUAAAAUACCGCCCGAUGAAGAAUUGUGUGAUAUGGAGGAGUUCUGCGGCAACGCGGUAGACGGAACCAACGCUGACUCUGCGGCUGAGAAUAGAAUAAAAGGGCUAAAUGACGAGAGCGGCGUUUCUGACAAUGAAUGUCAGAAAACGCCAGAGAAAUCAAAGGCAGAUCAUUGCGGCGAUACUGACGCAAAGAUAUUUCACUCUUCCGUGCAGGUGAUGAAGGUCCUUCUCAAUCCAAAGCUCGACAGAUGCAACAGUUUACCAGAGGUUUCUCCUGUAUAUGGGAAUAAACUGAGCACUUCCGCCACAGGUCUCUUUGAUUGCCUUGCAAAGCUGCAGUUAAUAGACAGCGAUCCUAAAAACGCAGACAAAAAAUGUGAACGAUACAAAGCGCUCAUGGAGAUUCUUCAGUCUCUGUGGCUUUGCGACCCCCUGGAAAAGAAACCUGCGUUAGAAGAAAAAGCCGAGCGACAUUCUGACAAGGAUUUUAAUCCCGGAUCAUCGUCUGGUAUAGAUGUCAACAGUGGCUCCACGGGUUCUCAGAAGAGCAGCGAUGGUAGAAAUAAAAAACAAACUCUUGCAGAUACAAUCGGCAAAGCACACAAAGUCCACCAGGAUGAAGAAGCAGGCGGAGAAGAGGAAGAACACACGCAUGAGGAAAACCCAAAGGGAGAACCGUCAUCCGAUGAGACGAUUAGAGGUCAUGACAGUCCAAGAGGACUACGUGACAGCCCACCAUCCUCAAACAAGAGCUCAGGCACUGGUCAGAGGCUUGAAACAGAUGCCAUUUGUGGGAGUCCACUCGAGUCCAGUAAGCAGCUAUCUCACGACCCUGAUCCCGUGUGGGUCCUUAGUUUACUAACCAAAAUAGAAAAGCAGUUCAUGACUCAUUACGUCAACGCAGUGAGUGAGUUCAAAGACCAGUGGAACAUAGAUGAUAACGAACAGCUCGACAGGAUGAUAAUCGAACUUCGGGAUGAGAUCCACAGGCGCAUCCAAAUAAGUAUACACAGAGAACUAUGUAAGAUUCAAGGCCGGGCAGGCCUGCCGAGACCUCCCAAAGAACCAAAGUCCAGACCUUCGACCGCCCAGACAGACGGGAGAAGACGAAGGCUUAGGAUGAAAACCAAACGCUCAGGAAAAAGCGACGAUUCAACAGCAAGCACCAUUUUUAGUGACCAGCGUGGUGAAAACGAGGAUGAAAACUGCCCAUGUGAAUCAUGCAUUCAGAACAAAAUGUCACGGGGGCCCCAAAUUCCCGCAGACAUUAUGAAUACUGCCCCUGUUCUCUUGGACUUUGACCUAAAGAGGAGUCUUCAGAUGAGGAAUGACGAGCCUAAAGAGGAUUUAAUGACCAACGGGGAAACAAAAGCAGCAGCAGCAACACUUGUUGGGCAGAUCCUUGACCACGCUAUUAAAGAAGCAGUGGAAGAUAAAGUCAAUGACAUGGAAAUUGUGUUUGAAGUUUCUGAAUGCGAACGUGACGAAGCCAUGAUGGAAAAUGACUCAUCAAAAGAGGACGGUGAGUGUGCAGUCUCGAGUGAAGAUGCUGAGGAUGAAGAUGAAGCAAAGGAGCCCACUGUUGCAGACAUGUCCCAAGAUGAAACUGGAGGAGGUGGUGCUGUGUAUAUGGAAAAUGAAACUCCUGCCACCAGUGCAGAUGAGAGUGAUGAUGCAUCCACCGUGAAGGACUCAAAUGAGGGCGCAAACACCGAUGAUGAGGUAACGGCCGAAAAUGCGAUCAUGGUCGAGGGAGCUGCAGAAGAUGCAGCUACAGCACAAGAGGCUGUACUGGCAGCCACAAGUCAACAGGAAUCUGAGGAAGAUGGAGGAGGAGGAGGAGUUGAUGGGGAAGAGGAGCCUCCCGCCGCAAGUGGUGAUGAGAAUGAUGACCCCGCUACCACGAGUAAAUCAAAUGAUGACGAUUCACCUAACGAUGAAGAGCAGGAUGAAGAGGGUCCAGACAUCGACACGCUUGAAGAUGAAGGCGCACCACAAGAGGCCACCAUCCCAGCUUCAGCUGAUGAUAAAACCCAGGAAGACGAAGAAGGGGCAGGAGAUGGUGAAGAGAACGACCACGCAUCCCCCGUAAAGACCUCGAAUGAAGACGCAAAUGCAGAGGACGAGGUCUUUGCAGAUGAUGGUGAAGAUGAAGAUGCGGUUCUAGAGGUCGCCACAGGAGCUAGAAGUGAACAUGUAUCUGAGGCUAAUGAAGAAGGGGCAGGAGAAGACGAAGAGGGCACUCCUGCCACUUGUGGAGACGAUGAUGCGGCAAACGAGAUGGCGAGCGAAGAGGUUCCUGAAACCACAGAAGAUGAAGAUGCGACACAAGAGGCUGCUGUGAUGGCCACGAGUGAACAGGAAUCUGAUGAAGAUGAGGAAGGAGGAGUCGAUGGUCAAGCGCAGACGCCUGACACAAGUGGAGCUGAGAAUGAGGAAGCAGUUGCUGAGAAUCAGGAUGCUGCAGAAGCUGAGAUGAGGAGUGAGGAGGUUUCUGAAACCGCCGAAGAUGAAGAUGCAGCACAAGAGAUGGCCACGGGCAAAGGUGAAUUCGAGCCAGACGGAGAAGGAGACGUCGUCAAUGGCGAAGAAGAGACUCCUGCCACAAGUGGAGCUGAGAAUGAGGAUGCAGCCGAUACGGAUCAGGAGGCUGAAGAAGAUGUUGCUGAAACCACCACUGUUGAAGAUGCCGUGUCGGCCACGAGUGAACGGCAAUCAGAGGAAGAGGAAGAAGGAAACGUUGACAGUGAAGAAGAGACUCCUGGCAGAAGUGGAGCUGAGAAUAGGGAUGCAACGGCUGAGGAUCAGAAUGCUGCAAAUGAUGGUGGGAUGACUAGAAAAGAGGUGCCUGAUGCAGAAGAGGCGGCCACGAGUGAACCUGAAUCCGAGGAGGACAAAGAACAGAAAGUCAGUGGUGAAGAGGAGACUCCUGCCACCAGUGGAGAUGAGAACAACAGAUAUGUGGAUGAUGGUGUCGCUGCAGAAGAUGAAAAGAUGAGCGACGAGGCUACUGCGACCGCAGCAGCCGAAGAUGACGAUGCCGCCGUGUCAGCCCGAAGCGAACGGGAAUCCGAGGAAGAUGACAAAGUUGAUGGAGAAGAGGAGACUCCUGCCACCAGUGGAGAUGAAAAUGACGGCACUGCUUCGAAAGACGACGACGACGCAGCCGCAGAGAAUGACCAAACAAAUGCUGCGAGUCAAGUUGCUGCUGAAGAUGACAAUGCAGCACAAGAGGCCACCGUGACAGCCACGAGUGACGAUGAAUCAGUGAAUGAAACAGCAGAUGGUGAUCACGAUAUGUCCGUCACUAGCGGAGAUGACAUCGAAGAUGCCAAAGAUGAGAGUGCCACAGAGAAAGACUUACCGGCCUCGAGCGAAGACGACAGCAAGGUUGAGACUGCUGAGGAAGAGGAAAGCUUACACAGACAGGCGUCGGACGGAGAAGGGGAGGAGGCGGGCCACGAAGACGAGAUUAUCGCACCGACGGACGAGGAAGCCGACGACGCGGAUGAGACGUCAACGUAUAAACAGGACUCUGACAAAGCGGAGGAAGAGCAAGGGACACUCUCUGGGGAGGACUCUGAACAUUCAGUAGAAGAAGAUCCUGCCCUGACAAGUGACGGCGGAGAAGAUCCAGAGAAAGACGAGGUUAGGGCCAUGAGCGACGAGGAUACAUCUAAAAAAGACGACACCACGGGAAACACAAGCAAACAGGAAGAAGAAUCUGAAAAUGAAGAGCCAGAAGCAGAAUCUGAGGAACCUGGAGAAAAAGAUGACCAAGAAGCAACAGGUGGCGGCUCGACAGACGCUGCUGGAGAAGGAUGUGAUGAAGAGGAGGAUGGAAGCAAUGAAGCACAAGUGGCUAAAAAUGAUCCAGGAGGAGCGCCACAGGAGGAUGAGGCCAGAAAUGGCGAAGGUGACGUGAAUGAGAAGUCUGAGGUGACGAAGGGCCGAGGUCCAGAUGAUGUGAGUGGGGCAGACAACGAAAUAGGAGACCAUGAUCAAGACGAAGAUGAAAGGAAAGUUGACACGUUGGAAGCAUCUGAUAAAGAAGAGGAAGAACCUGAGCUCAUCAACGCUGCAAGUCUGGAUCGUGCGACCGACGUGGGAGCUGAAAACAAGGAAAAGAGCAAAAUGGGGCACGACGAUAAGGAAGAAGAAGAAGAAGAACCCAAGGUGACUGAAAAAGAAGGUCCAGCUAACGUGAUGGCGCUGGGGGCUGAAGACAACGAAACAGUAGACGAUCAAGACGAGGAUGACAAGGAAACAUCCAAAACAGAGAACGGAGAACGCGAGCUGACCAAAAACAAAGGUCCAGAUGAGGCGGCCGAGUUGGGAAAUGAAAGCCAGGAAAACAAAGACGCGGAUGAAGAAGACCAACCGCAGGGAGACGAUGAGCACGAUGACAAGGAAACACACGGAGAAACUUUUGAGGCGUCUGAAAAAGAGGAGCGAGGACCCGAGUCCGCCAACCAGGGCGAGUCGGCCGACGCCGAGGACGAGGCAGAGUCCCGUGACGGCGAGGACCGAGAGGCGCUAAGCGAAGCCUACGAUUUCAUUCCCGGCAAGGCGGCCAAUUGGGAAGCUGAUAAAAGUGUUGCCGAGGAACCGACGACAUUAAGGGUAAAGACCACUUUGAACAAAGCGAGUACCGAGUCUGAGGACGCCGUGUACGCGGACGGCGAAGAUUCAGAUGCAUAAACUUUACCGCCAAGCGGGAAGUGAGGCCGAGGAAGACGAGAUGCAGUUUUUGGGUGGUCCAGGGUGGUCCAAAUGCACGCUGACACACGCUGGCACGACGCAUACCAUUGCAAUAAAUGAGCAGCGGAACCACGACCUCAACGAUGAGGCUGCUAUUACGCAGAUGUUCAACUCAAUGGAAGUCUCAAACCCAAAACUCUGCUUAGGGUUUCUACAUUUGGUCCCCAUUUUGAGAUUAGAAUACAUGUAUAUUUUCUAGUGACUUCGGUACUUUUGAAUGGUUAACAUGAACAUCUCAAUUAGCUGACAAAGUAGACCAGAUGAACAUGAUGGUGACAUUCAGCAAAAAAGUGGAAGCGAUGACCUCAAGUGGAUGUAACAAGCACUCUUUAUCUAUAAAAUAAAAUGCACCUUCAAUA